AUGUCGCGCGCCGCCUUAAUAUCUUCUUCUUCGUCUUCUAUAAUAGCCCCGAGAAACCCUAGCUUCUCCUUCACUUCCUCGCCGAGCCUCUUCAAUAAUGGAGUCCGCAACCGCGUCUCCUUCGCCCCAACCACUAAUCGCACCUCGCUGCGGUGCUACGCUGCUGCUGCCGGUGGCUUCGAUAGAGUCCGGGUUCAGAAUCCGAUCGUCGAAAUGGACGGUGAUGAAAUGACGAGGAUCAUAUGGACGGCAAUCAAAGAAAAGCUUAUUUUCCCCUAUGUGGAUUUGGACAUAAAGUAUUAUGAUUUAGGGAUUUUGAACCGUGAUGCUACUGAUGACAAAGUUACGGUAGAGAGUGCUGAAGCCACUCUUAAGUACAAUGUUGCUGUGAAAUGUGCUACAAUAACUCCUGAUGAGACCAGAAUGAAGGAGUUUGGGCUCAAAUCAAUGUGGAGGAGUCCCAAUGGCACAAUUAGAAACAUUCUAAACGGUACUGUCUUUCGUGAACCUAUCUUAUGCAAAAACAUUCCUAGAAUAGUUCCUGGUUGGAAGAAACCCAUAUGUAUUGGUAGGCAUGCUUUUGGUGAUCAGUAUCGAGCCACUGAUACAGUUAUCACGGGGCCAGGAAAGCUGAAAAUGGUAUUUGUCCCAGAGGGAGGCGGCACCCCUACAGAGCUUGAUGUUUACGACUUCAAAGGUCCUGGUGUGGCCCUCGCUAUGUAUAAUGUUGAUGAGUCUAUUCGAGCUUUUGCUGACUCAUCUAUGUCCAUGGCAUUUUCCAAGAAGUGGCCGCUAUACUUGAGCACCAAAAACACAAUUCUUAAAAAAUAUGAUGGCAGGUUUAAGGACAUAUUUGAGGAGGUUUAUGUGGAGAAGUGGAAGCAGAAGUUUGAAGAAAACUCUAUAUGGUAUGAACAUCGGCUAAUUGAUGACAUGGUGGCUUAUGCAAUCAAAAGUGAGGGUGGAUAUGUUUGGGCAUGCAAAAACUAUGAUGGAGAUGUUCAGAGUGAUUUGCUUGCUCAAGGAUUUGGCUCUUUGGGCCUCAUGAGUUCUGUGCUGCUAUCCUCAGAUGGGAAAACAUUAGAAGCUGAAGCAGCUCAUGGGACAGUAACUCGUCAUUUUCGGUUACAUGAGAAGGGACAGGAGACCAGUACAAACAGUAUUGCAUCAAUAUUUGCUUGGACACGAGGCCUAGAGCAUAGGGCCAAGUUAGAUAAAAAUGACAAGUUGCUAGAUUUUGUUCGAAAGUUGGAGGCUGCAUGCAUUGAGACAGUGGAGGCAGGAAACAUGACUAAGGAUCUUGCCCUAUUGAUCCAUGGCCCCAAGGUAUCAAGGGAGUUCUAUUUGAACACACAAGAGUUUAUUGACACAGUGGCAAAGAACGUUGAGCAAAAGCUUCGGGAACCUGCGCUGGUCUAAUUAUAUGCCUCUCAUAUAAGAUGGUAAACUUGGGAAUCGUUAAAGAAAGUUCUUUGAACUUGUGGUAUGUGGAAACUUUUUUUAUAUUGUAAAUUUAGGAAAUUCAUUCAUAGAUUGGAGUUUUUCCUAGAAUAUUUGCAAUACAUGAAUAAAAUAUGAACACCCCCAUUGCCAAGGUUAACUACA